ACACUUUUGAGAAAUUCAUCAGGCUGUGAAGUGCACAGUGAUGAAUAUCGAACGGAGUUUACUACAGCUUUGCAGCGCGUCGACUUAUUCAUGGGCCAAUUCAACCAAGUCCUCUUAACAUCUAUAUCCACCUUCAUUAAAGGGGAGCUCACCAUCGCCAACCUGGGGACCUCAGAAGGCCGCUUCAUGCAGGUUGUAGUUUCUCGAUCGGGAUCGUCAACCCCUCAUGUGAAUUUUCGCCUGGAUUCCCACCCCGUGUCUCCAGAAAUGAUUGUGGAGCAGCCAUUAGACCAAAACGGCUACACAUUGGUGGUCACGGGGAAGAGGAUCACCAAGAUCCCAUUGAAUGGCUUGGGCUGUGAGCAUUUCCAGUCCUGCAGCCAGUGCCUCUCUGCCCCUCCCUUCGUGCAGUGUGGCUGGUGCCACGACAGAUGUGCGCGAUUGGAGGAAUGCGCCAGCGGAACAUGGACUCAAGAGCUCUGUCAUCCUACAAUCUAUGAGGUUUUCCCAACUAGUGCCCCUCUGGAAGGAGGGACAACGCUGACCAUCUGUGGCUGGGACUUUGGAUUCAGGAAGAAUAGUAAAUUUGAUGUAAAGAAAACCAGAAUUCUCCUUGGAAAUGAGAGCUGUACCUUGACCCUAAGUGAGAGUACAACAAAUAUGUUAAAAUGCACAGUUGGUCCUGCAAUGAAUGAGCAUUUCAAUAUGUCCAUAACUAUUUCAAAUGGUCGAGGGACAGUGCAAUACAGUACAUUUUCUUAUGUGGAUCCUAUAAUAACAAGUAUUUCCCCAAGUUAUGGUCCUAAAACCGGUGGCACUUUACUUACUUUAACUGGAAAAUACCUUAACAGUGGGAAUUCUAGACACGUUUCAAUUGGUGGAAAAACCUGUACUUUAAAAAGUGUGUCAGAUAGCAUUCUCGAAUGUUAUACCCCAGCCCAAAACUCUCCAACUGAGUUUCCUGUUAAACUGAAAAUUGACUUGGCCAACAAAGUGAUUGACAGCUUCAGUUACCAGGAAGACCCCAUUGUCUAUGAAAUCCAUCCAACCAGAUCUUUUAUUAGUGGUGGGAGCACAAUCACAGGUGUUGGGAAAAACCUGAAUUCAGUCAGUGUCCUGAGGAUGGUAAUCAGCGUGCGUGAAGCAGGAAGGAACUUCACGGUGGCAUGUCAUCAUCGCUCUAAUUCAGAGAUAAUCUGCUGUACAACGCCUUCACUACAACAGCUGAAUCUGCAACUCCCCCUGAAAACUAAAGCCUUUUUCAUGUUAGAUGGGAUUCAUUCCAAAUACUUCGAUCUCAUUUAUGUACAUAAUCCUAUCUUUAAACAUUUUGAAAAGCCAGUGAUGAUCUCAAUAGGCAAUGGAAAUAUACUGGAAAUUAAGGGCAAUGACAUUGACCCCGAAGCAGUUAGAGGUGAAGUGUUAAAAGUUGGAAAUAAGAGCUGUGAGACUAUCUACUUAAAUUCUGAAGCUGUUUUAUGUACGGUCCCCAACGACCUGCUGAAAUUGAACAGCGAGCUAAAUAUAGAGUGGAAGCAAGCAGUUUCUUCAACUGUCCUUGGAAAAGUGAUCGUUCAACCAGAUCAGAAUUUCACAGGAUUGAUUGUUGGUGGCGUCACAAUAUCAACAAUCCUCAUACUAUUACUUGGGCUUUUCCUGUGGCUGAAAAGGAGGAAGCACAGUAAAGAUCCGGGCAGUGAUUUAGUUCGCUAUGAUGCAAGAGUACACACGCCUCAUUUGGACAGGCUUGUAAGUGCCCGAAGUGUGAGCCCGACUACAGAAAUGGUUUCCCAUGAAUCUGUAGACUACCGAGCUACUUUUCCGGAAGAUCACUAUCCUAACUCAUCUCAGAACGGAUCCUGCAGACAAGUGCAAUAUCCGCUGAUGGACCUGUCCCCCAUCCUCACUGGUGGGGACUCUGAUAUGUCCAGUCCGUUACUGCAAGAUGCUGUCCACAUUGACCUCAGUGCUCUAAAUCCAGACCUGGUCCAGGCAGUCCAGCACGUAGUGAUCGGGCCCAGCAACCUGAUUGUGCAUUUCAAUGAAGUCAUAGGAAGGGGUCAUUUUGGGUGUGUAUAUCAUGGGACUUUGUUGGACAACGAUGACAAGAAAAUUCAUUGUGCUGUGAAAUCCUUGAAUAGAAUCACUGACAUAGGAGAAGUUUCCCAGUUUCUGACUGAGGGGAUCAUCAUGAAGGAUUUUAGUCAUCCCAACGUGCUCUCGCUCCUGGGAAUCUGCCUUCGAAGUGAGGGGUCUCCCCUGGUGGUCCUGCCGUACAUGAAACACGGAGAUCUUCGAAACUUCAUUAGAAAUGAGACUCAUAACCCAACUGUAAAAGAUCUUAUUGGCUUUGGUCUUCAAGUGGCCAAAGGCAUGAAAUAUCUCGCAAGCAAAAAGUUUGUCCACAGAGACUUGGCUGCAAGGAACUGUAUGCUAGAUGAAAAAUUCACUGUCAAGGUUGCUGAUUUUGGUCUUGCCAGAGACAUGUACGAUAAAGAAUACUACAGCGUACACAACAAAACAGGUGCAAAACUGCCCGUGAAGUGGAUGGCUUUAGAAAGUCUUCAGACUCAGAAGUUUACCACCAAGUCAGACGUGUGGUCCUUUGGUGUGCUCCUCUGGGAACUGAUGACAAGAGGGGCGCCACCCUAUCCUGACGUCAACACCUUUGAUAUCACAGUUUACUUGCUGCAAGGCAGAAGGCUCUUACAACCCGAAUACUGCCCAGAUCCCUUGUAUGAAGUGAUGCUAAAAUGCUGGCAUCCCAAAGCUGAAAUGCGCCCGACCUUUUCUGAACUGGUCUCCAAGAUAUCCGUGAUAUUCUCUACUUUCAUUGGGGAACACUAUGUCCAUGUGAAUUCUACUUAUGUGAAUAUCAACAGUGGUUCUCCAUACCCCUCUCUGUUGUCAUCUCAAGAUAACGUUGAUGGCGAGGGAGACACAUGAUGGAUGAAUACGCCACCAGCCCCCUUCUGAUAAACAUCAUAGAACUGUUCGAGCAAUGGUCCACACCACGGCCAGUACUUUUUCACUGCCUGGGCAUUGAAAGGCCACCAGAUAUUUUUUGCUUUUGCCAAAAUUGCGCUACUCUAGGACCUUAUAUUGUUCUUUUAAAUGACUGGAUUCUGAGGAAUUUGACAUCUGACAAAGCAUCAGAGCCAGAAGCUUGGUCCCAUAGGCCAAUGACCAAGGGCAACCCUGCAGCUUUGAUGACGCUCCUGUCGCGUUCAGGCCAAAACCUGAAUUCUAGGUUGAAGUUUUAAAAAUCAGGAUCCAACCUGAUUUCAUGCAGGGAAUUGAGGCAGUCAGUGUGGAGGCCUUCUUGAUCACCGAAAAUUCAGAAGUGGUAAUGCCCAGGGAGCCGGGGACCAGACCACUCAUUUAGAAUUUCAAAGAGAUUUCAUGUGUUACAUAGUCACUAACCUAUGUUAUUACUGAUGUUGGGCAAACAUUCCCUUCUACAUUUUUGCAUACACAUUCCUUUUAUUGAAGAGAUGUCCAUAGGCAAUGCAGGAUACAAAAUGUGUUUAAUAGGGACAAUUAUGUAUUGUAUAUACAUAGAUGAUGGCAUUAAGAAGGUUUUCAUAAAAUAGUUUGGUAAUAAUGAAAUGUUUGUUAUUUAAAAAUCAGCUGCUUAAAAAAAUCAACUGUUUGAAAAUGAUACUGUUCUGAUCUAAUGAAUGUUUUUGUCUGCAUUUUUUUAAUGCCAACUGAAAAUAAAGCAAGUACUUUGUGAUGAUAAGUGUUUUUAAAGGUAACUUAGCAUGUUUUUAAAGCAAAAUACAUCUGUCUAAAAAGGUUUAUUGGUUCCAAUCUGCCUCAUCUCUACGGCAAAGAAAUGACCAAUGGACUGGAAAUAUUAGCCUCGUUUUCAAGUGGCAGCUUCUAUCCCACAAACACAUAGAGACAAUAAAACUUUGGAGGAGUCCAGUUUUUGCAUUAGGACAUGUUCUGUGUUAAGCAAAAAGUAUUUUAGGGGGGAAAAGGGGGCAGUUUUAAGUUCUGGCUCUUUCACCUGGAUAAAUACCGGUUACUCUGGGGAGGACUCUCGUGCUGUUUUGUUUUGUGAGAUUUUGUGCUUACUACUGUAUAGUGCAUAUGGCACAGGAUACUCUAACUGGUCUUCUCUGUGUAAACAUUUUAAAUAUUCUAUUUUUAUAAAAAUGUUUAUUUUUAAUGACAUAAGAAAACUUUCGUUAGGCCACAAAAAUACUGCACUGUGAACAUUUCAGAAAAGGCAUGCCAGACUUGGAUUGAUAAUAAUGGCAUGGUUUUAAAUGGCUGUAAACAAUGAUAAUGAAAUGUGCUGAUUGCCAGUGCACCCCACCCUCAUUACAUCACACAGCAAGCCAUGAAGAGGGUGUUACACUGAACCCAGUAGUAGAGUUGAGCUGUUAUUGCAAGGGAGUGAUUACAAUCAAAAGCUCUUUGACGAUGGAACUUACCAGAAGACACAAGGAAUCGAACUGCAGAGAUAUUUCAAUCCAAAUAUUCCUAUUUGAAAAGUGUCAAGAGUAAUACUAGUUCACAGAGUAUUGUUAAAUCUACUUUGUGGAAAGAAGUAUCUCUACCAAUGUCAAGAAAAUGAGUGCAUCAGGAACACGCAGAACUUGUGGAAACAAGCCCUCACCAAGUCUACACACCUUAUAUGCUUGGGAAAGCUGUAAUGUGAAAAUCGUGUUUGCUAUUUACAAAUGUGUCCUUAGGUUAAUGUGUCUGGACAGAUUGUGGGAGUGAUUCUAAGAAUUAGAUUACUUGUCACUGCCUAUACCUGCCGUUGAGCUGAUGGUACUUUGUAUGUUAGUAGUUAUUGUUCUGAUAACUCAUACAAUUGAAAAUAAAGCGGUGUAUCAUCUUGUAAA